AUGCACGGCGUCAGUAUCGCCACCCAAGAGCAAAAGGCUAUGCUCAAAAGUCAGGACGAGAAGAUGAACCGACUUAUGACUUUACUCGAGACCAUGGCGAACGAUAAGGAUGUAAUCGCAGAUGCGAAUUCAAAACAUGCAGCGGAAGCUCCAGCUGAGGACUUGGGCGCUUGGCUCUUGAACAAAAUUACUGAUGCUCUGGUUUUGCAGAAGAGGGAUACUGAAAUCCAGAAAUAUUUCAGCCGCGGAGACUGCGGCAGUUCCAGGCGCAGGCGAGGCGCAGUCAUCAACAAAUUGCAAUUUUGCGAAGCCAUAACAGACCAUCCCUUUUACGAGGAUGAAGAGCCAGAUGUCGAUAGUUUUGCUUCCCAGCCAGACAGCGACUGGAGCACUGUCAGCAGAUACAGGGGGGACUUCGACUCCAAGACACAAUGCCAGGUGCAGUCAAUACUCGAGCGACGACGGUUCCUAGGCUGGAUGAAAAGCAAGUACCCGGAUCUUGUACUCGUGCUUGCCGACCUCCCCACCUCAGACGUGGGGAACAUCACCGCCGUGUCUGUCUUCUGCGCCACGCUCAUCACAAGCCUGACCAGCCUCCGUCGCGAGGAUCUAGUGCUUCACUUCUUUUGUGGUCUGCACGUCGAUUCUAGCGACCCAAGCCCGGGACCGAGGGGACUUGUUCGCUCCCUCAUCAUGCAGCUUUUUACCUAUCUCUCACACGCCGGCGGCGCCGAUUUGGAUGUUAUAUGCGACAGAGAUUACGUACGGGAUAUUGAAGAUCAGCAUCUGGGAGCUCUUUGUCAGACGCUCCGGGAGCUUCUGUGGCAGUGCGAGCCUGGUGCGCACGUUUACUGCAUCAUAGACUCCGUCACUCUCUUCGAGAGAACAGUGUGGUCUCAGGACCUCAGGACGGUGGUGAGGUGCCUCCGGGACUGCGUGGACAAUGGGGAAAUGCCCGCUGUCUUCAAGGUGAUGCUGACAAGUUCAGCGCUGUGUUCACCCGAGCUGAAGGAUCUACUUACAGCCUGGAAUAGCUACCCGGAAAGAGUGCUGUACUUGUCGACAGAAGACUGUCUGGUGGAUAAUGUGCUAUAA